GUCAUGUUACUUGAGAUUUGGGAUUGCCCAGAAGAACUUCAAGAAGAAGAAGAAGAAGACGAGGAGAAAGAAGAAGAUAAGCAAACAGAUCAAAAGAAAAAUGAAGAGUUAUGUUUGUUGCAAAAUGAGAUGCAUCAAAUGAAGGAAGAGAACAAGUUGUUGAGGAAGGCUAUAGACAAGACUAUGAAAGAUCACUACAAUCUGCAAGUCAAGCUUGCUAACUUCUGUCAUCCUGACCAUCCCAAAGAUGAAAAGAUUUCUCUUUCACUUGGUUUGAGUCAUGAAUUACAAGAUCCAAAGACUAAUUACAGGACAACCAAGAGAGGUACGGAGGAUUUGGAAUUGUCUUUGCAGCUGCAAUCUCAUGCAAGUUUGUUGGAUGGAGAUGACCUCGGUGAUCAGAAAGGUAAAAAAUUGAAGAACUGUAUUCAACUAGAUAGCAAACAACAAAGAAUCGAUCCCACAAACAGGAAAGCUAGAGUUUCGGUGAGAGUUAGAUGCCAAGGUCCUACUAUAAAUGAUGGAUGCCAAUGGAGGAAAUAUGGCCAAAAGGUUGCCAAAGGUAAUCCAUGUCCAAGAGCAUAUUAUAGAUGCACAGUAGCACAAGGAUGCCCUGUAAGAAAGCAGGUUCAAAGAUGCCUGGAGGACAUGUCAAUACUAAUAACUACAUAUGAAGGAACCCACAACCAUCCUCUUCCAGUAGGUGCAACUGCAAUGGCUUCCACUGCAACUGAUGUCACAAAUUGCAUGAUGUUAUGCAAUAAUCCACAUUUAUCCACUUUAUACUCACCACAGCAGCAUUUAAUUUAUCAUCCGUGGACUUCUGCGAUGCAUCAAAAUUAUGAUGGAGAUGAUGAUGGUUCCGUUGCAUCAAACAAAGCUGUUUGGAAUUUUAGUGAUUGUUAGCUUGAAGAUAUUCCUUGCAGUCUGAGAAUUCAACCUCGUAUAUAUAAGCUCUAAGCUCCAGCGGAAUGGCUUUCCUCAGAAAACACGAGAUAACAAUCAAGAUCUAUUUACUUUUUCAGAGAAGUCCAAGGAAGGUAGGUUUGUGUCUUAUGUCAAUGUUAAGAUCACCGAUAUUUCAUUUACUUUGCCAUGACGCUUGAUAUGUGUUUUGAAGUUUCUACUAUGGCACUUGUGGGUGGGAACAGCUUUCUUAAAUAAUAAUCUAUUAU